AUGGCUGCUUCCGCUCUGCUCAAGAGCCGCAUCCGCCGGCCUUCAUACCUCAACAAAUUGGCCAAAGCAGAGGACUUGAUUGAUCUCUUUCCCAAUGGCUCGUACAUCGGCUGGUCCGGUUUCACGGGUGUGGGUUAUCCCAAGAUGGUCCCCACUGCCCUCGCCGACCACGUCGAGAAGAACAAUUUGCAAGGUCAAUUGAAAUAUACCCUCUUCGUUGGCGCCUCCUCGGGAGCCGAGACCGAGAGCCGAUGGGCGCGUCUGAACAUGAUUGAACGCCGCAGCCCCCAUCAGGUCGGCAAGGAAAUCGCCAAGGGCAUCAACAAUGGCCAGAUCAAGUUCUUUGACAAGCAUCUGAGCAUGUUCCCGUCAGAUUUGGUUUAUAACAAGAUCGAUGUGGCGGUCAUCGAGGCCUCUGCAAUCACCGAGAAUGGUGGAAUUAUCCCCGGUGCCUCGGUCGGUGCCUCCCCCGAGCUGGUGCAGAUGGCGGACAAGGUGAUCAUCGAGGUCAACACGGCCACCCCCUCCUUUGAGGGUCUUCACGAUAUCGUGGGAUCCGAUCUUCCACCGGGCCGCAAGCCAUAUCUGAUCAUGGCGCCCGAGGACCGCAUUGGCACACCUUACAUCCCUAUCGAUCCCGAGAAGGUCGUCGCCGUGGUCGAGUCCACCUACCCCGAUCAGACCCAGCCCAAUGCGCCCGAAGACGAGGGAUCCCAGGCUAUUGCCGCCAACCUGAUCGAGUUCCUCAAGCACGAGGUGCAACACGGCCGGCUGCCCAAGAACCUGCUCCCCAUCCAGUCCGGCAUUGGCAACAUUGCCAACGCCGUCAUUGGUGGUCUCAGCAAGGGCGGUGCCGACUUUUCCAACCUGAAGGUCUGGACCGAGGUGCUGCAGGACUCGUUCCUGGAUCUCUUCGACAGCGGCAACUUGGACUUUGCCACAGCAACCUCGAUCCGCUUCUCGCCCGACGGGUUCAAGCGCUUCUACGACAACUGGGAACACUACGCGGGUAAGCUCCUCCUCCGCUCGCAGCAGGUCUCCAACUCGCCCGAGAUCAUCCGCCGUCUGGGUGUCAUCGGCAUGAACACCCCCGUGGAGGUCGACAUCUACGCCCACGCCAACAGCACCUGUGUCAUGGGCUCCCGGAUGUUGAACGGCCUCGGCGGAUCCGCCGAUUUCUUGCGCAACUCCAAGUACAGCAUCAUGCACACCCCGUCCACUCGGCCCAGCAAGAUCGACCCCACCGGUGUCAGCUGCAUUGUCCCCUUCGCGACUCACAUUGACCAGACCGAGCACGACCUGGACGUGGUGGUGACGGAGCAGGGUCUGGCGGAUGUGCGAGGCUUGUCGCCGCGGGAGCGUGCGCGCGUCAUCAUCAAACAGUGCGCGCACCCCGACUACCAGCCCAUUUUGACGGAUUAUCUGGACCGAGCCGAGUUUGAGUGCUUGAGGAAGGGUAUGGGCCAUGAACCGCAUCUGUUGUUCCAGGCCUUUAAGAUGCAUCAGAACCUGCAGGAGAAGGGGACGAUGAAGAUUACUUCUUGGGAGUAA